UGAGAGAAGUCAGAAGCUUCUGCUCCUCCGACGGAUUAGGAACACCACCAUGCUCCGUGCCUGCAUCGUCCUUGUUUUGGCCACCAGCGCCCUUGCUGGCCACAUUGGCCACCUUGCGGGAGGCUACACUCUCGCUAGUAACCUCGGCUACGGCCUUGGCUACGGCAACCUUGGAUACUCUGGCCUCGGCUAUGGUGGUCUUGGUCUUUCCCACUACGGCCUUUCUCACGGUGUUGGCUAUUCCGGCCUGACCGGCUUCGGUGCUGGCUAUGGAUAUGGAUACGCCGCUCCAGCUGCCGGUUAUGCUGUCGCUGCUCCAGCUGUUGCCCGUACUGUCGCCACCUACCACGCUGCUCCAGCCGUUACUGCCGUCCACGCUGCUCCAGCUGUCACUGCUGUGCACGCUGCUCCAGCUGUCGCUACUUACGCUGCUGCCCCAGCUGUCACCAGGGUUGUUCAGUCUGCUCCAGCUGUUGCCACCUACGCUGCUGCCCCAGCUGUCACCAGGGUUGUUCAGUCGGCUCCAGUUGUCGCCGCUGCCCCAGCUGUCACUCGUGUCGCCUACAGCGCCCCAGCUGUCACCAGGGUUGUUCAGUCUGCCCCAGCUGUCUCCUAUGCCGUUGCUCCAGCCGUCACCAAGGUUGUCCAGUCUGCUCCAGUUGUCGCCGCUGCCCCAGCCGUGACCACUGUCCACCACGCCGCUCCAGCUUUCGCUGCCGUCCACGCUGCCCCAGCUGUUGCCACCGUCGCCCACGCUGCCCCAGCCAUCGCCACCGUUGCCCACGCUGCUCCAGCCGUCGCCACUUACGGUGUUGCCCACGCCGCCCCAGCCGUCGCCACCUACGGCAUCGCUCACGCCGCUCCAGCCUACUACGGCUACGGUGUUGGAUCCCUCGGCUAUGGUGUUGGCAGCUAUGGUUACGGUCAUGGUCUCCUCGGCUACGGUCUGAACUACGGCUAUGGUCUCGGCUCUCCUCUGAGCUACUCCACCCUUCUCCGCAAGAAGAAGUUUGGCCAUGCCAUUCGAGCUGGACUGUCGCCUUUCCAGUGGCCCGGGCCUAACUUGCCAGUUAUAGAGCGCAGCUCUGAAACACCUGUUCAUGCCUGGAGUGGCGUCCCUGUGACCAUUGCCGUCACUAUUGGCAGGCUCCGUGCCUGCAUCGUCCUUGUUUUGGCCACCAGCGCCCUUGCUGGCCACAUUGGCCACCUUGCGGGAGGCUACACUCUCGCUAGUAACCUCGGCUACGGCCUUGGCUACGGCAACCUUGGAUACUCUGGCCUCGGCUAUGGUGGUCUUGGUCUUUCCCACUACGGCCUUUCUCACGGUGUUGGCUAUUCCGGCCUGACCGGCUUUGGUGCUGGCUAUGGAUAUGGAUACGCCGCUCCAGCUGCCGGUUAUGCUGUCGCUGCUCCAGCUGUUGCCCGUACUGUCGCCACCUACCACGCUGCUCCAGCCGUGACUGCCGUCCACGCUGCUCCAGCUGUCACUGCUGUGCACGCUGCUCCAGCUGUCGCUACUUACGCUGCUGCCCCAGCUGUCACCAGGGUUGUUCAGUCUGCUCCAGCUGUUGCCACCUACGCUGCUGCCCCAGCUGUCACCAGGGUUGUUCAGUCGGCUCCAGUUGUCGCCGCUGCCCCAGCUGUCACUCGUGUCGCCUACAGCGCCCCAGCUGUCACCAGGGUUGUUCAGUCUGCCCCAGCUGUCUCCUAUGCCGUUGCUCCCGCCGUCACCAAGGUUGUCCAGUCUGCUCCAGUUGUCGCCGCUGCCCCAGCCGUGACCACUGUCCACCACGCCGCUCCAGCUUUCGCUGCCGUCCACGCUGUCCCAGCUGUUGCCACCGUCGCCCACGCUGCCCCAGCCAUCGCCACCGUUGCCCACGCUGCUCCAGCCGUCGCCACUUACGGUGUUGCCCACGCCGCCCCAGCCGUCGCCACCUACGGCAUCGCUCACGCCGCUCCAGCCUACUACGGCUACGGUGUUGGAUCCCUCGGCUAUGGUGUUGGCAGCUAUGGUUACGGCCAUGGUCUCCUCGGCUACGGUCUGAACUACGGCUAUGGUCUCGGCUCUCCUCUGAGCUACUCCACCCUUCUCCGCAAGAAGAAGUUGUUUCGGCUUGGAGGCGCUCUGCAUUCGUUCGCUAAGAAGCUCCAUCUCCUCGAAGAAACAGACACCAUGAUUCGCGCCGCCAUCCUCCUCGCACUGGCCACCAGCGCCUUCGCUGGUUACGUCGGCGGCGGAUACGCUCUCGGCCACGGUGUAGGCUAUGCUGGUCUCACCGGAGUUGGCUACGGCCUUGGUGGAUACGGCCUAGGCUACGGAUAUGGAUACGCUCCGGGAGCUGGAUACGCCGUUGCACCCGCUGUCCGCACCGUUGCAACUGCGGUUCACGCUGCACCAGCCGUAACUGCAGUGCACGCUGCCCCAGCCGUGACCGCCGUGCACGCCGCCCCGGCAGUGGCAGCCUAUGCGGCUCCAGCAGUCACCAGGGUUGCCUACGCUGCCCCAGCUGUUGCUAGGGUUGCCUACGCUGCUCCCGCUGUCACCGCUGUCCACGCUGUUCACGCUGCCCCGGCCGUUGCUAGGGUUGCCUACGCUGCUCCCGCUGUCACCGCUGUCCACGCUGCCCCAGCCGUUUCCUACGCUGCCCCAGCCGUUUCCUACGCUGCUCCAGCCGUUUCCUAUGCUGCUCCAGCCGUUUCUUACGCUGCGCCAGCAGUCGCCAGAGUCGCCUACGCUGCUCCAGCUGUGACCGCUGUCCAUGCUGCCCCAGCUGUGGCCAGGGUAGCCUACGCUGCUCCCGCAGUCCACGCAGUCCACGCUGCCCCAGCCGUUUCCUACGCUACCAGGGUCUCCUACGCUGCUCCCGCAGUGGCCGCUGUUCACGCCGCCCCAGCUGUCGCCAGGGUUGCUUACGCCGCGCCUGCUGUCCAUGCUGUCCAUGCUGCCCCUGCUGUGGCGUACGCUGCUCCAGCUGUUGCCACCACGGCCGUCCACCACGCCGUGCCAGCAGUAGCAUCCUAUAGCGUGGCCCAUGCUGCUCCAGCUGUGGCUUCCUAUGGAGUCGCUCAUGCUGCCCCAGCCUACGGAUAUGGUGUCGGCUCUCUUGGCUACGGCGCUGGCAACUAUGGAUACGGCCAUGGCCUCCUCAGCUACGGUCUCAACUACGGCUAUGGGCUCGGCUCCCCCUACCACUACAGCACGCUCCUUCACAAGAAGAAAUGAACGCUUUUCCUUACUUACAAGGACGUUCACAAGGAUGCAAGUCAUCGACCGGAUGUUUCUCUUGGAGUUGUGGUGCUUCGAAGGAAAUAAACCUAUUUGUUGCAAGUUU